AUGCGCCUCCUGGAGCGCAAUGAUACCGGCGAUGUCAGUUUGACGGGUGACAUUCCCGACAACCAGGUCCCACCGUAUGCGAUACUUUCGCACACAUGGGGCGACGAAGAGGUCAGCUUUAAGGAUAUAACGGACGGUACACACAAGAACAAAAGAGGCUACUCUAAGAUCCAGUUUUGCGGAGACCAAGCCGGGCGUGAUGGACUGAAAUUCUUCUGGAUCGACACAUGCUGCAUCAACAAAUCCGACUGCGAUGAGUUUCAGGAGGCUCUCAACUCCAUGUUCCGAUGGUACCGCAAUGCGGCCAAAUGCUAUGUCUAUCUCACAGACGUCUCAACCUACCAACAGGACGCCGACAGCAAUCCCGGUUGGGAAUUGGCUUUUCGGAAAUCCAGAUGGUUCACUCGUGGGUGGACCCUCCAAGAGCUUAUUGCGCCAACAGUUGUUGAAUUCUUCUCCGAAGACCGCAAGCGCCUAGGAGAUAAGAAGUCUCUCGCACAGCAUAUUCAUAACACAACUGGCAUUCCUCUACGAGCUCUCCAAGCCAACAAAUUGUCCGAUUUCAGCUUUGACGUACGCAUGUCGUGGAUUAAACACCGCAGCACGACGCGCGAAGAAGACAGGGCUUACUGUCUACUCGGCAUCUUUAACGUACAAAUGCGGCUUCUAUACGGCGAGGGAGAAGAAAGAGCAUUUGAGCGGCUGCGAGAGGAAAUUAGUAAGCAUGAUCGCUAUCUGUCUAGUCUGCAUUCUACCGACCCGCGCUUUGAUAAGAAGCGUAUCGAGGAGGCAAAGGGUGGGUUACUUAGUGACGCUUACCGCUGGGUUUUCGACACCCCCGACUUCCGCGUUUGGUAUGACCAGUUAGAGAGCCGCCUUCUCUGGAUUAAAGGAGAUCCCGGCAAGGGCAAGACCAUGUUGCUCUGCGGCAUCAUCAACGAGCUGGAGGGUGCCAUUGUUGCAGACGGGCACUGUCGCAACUUGGCCUAUUUCUUCUGCCAAGCUACCGACUCGCGCAUCAAUAACGCCAUUGCCGUGUUACGCGGCUUGAUCUACCUUCUUGCCCACCAGCAGCCACGUCUUAUCCCCCACAUACGCAAAUACACGGAUAAGGCUAAAUCGCUCUCUGACGCAAAUGCGUGGUUCGUCCUCUCGGAUAUUUUGGGGGGGAUGCUAGGAGACCCGAACUUGAAGCCAACCUACCUGGUCAUCGACGCUCUGGACGAAUGCAUGGGUGACUUGCCAAGACUUCUAAAAUUUAUCGUCGACAUGUCAUCUACGUUUCCUUGUGUCAAGUGGGUCGUCUCUAGUCGCAACUGGCCGAACAUCGAAGAGAGCCUAGAAGCCGCGGAAAAGAAGAUAAGGCUCAGUCUUGAGUUGAACGAAAAGUCUAUCUCCUCCGCUGUCAGCACGUAUAUUCAGCAUAAGAUGGAUGAACUAGCGCGGAAAAAGAGGUACAACGACAGAACAAAGAACGCUGUUCAACACCAUUUGACCCGCAACGCAAACGACACAUUCCUCUGGGUGGCUUUAGUCUGUCAAGAACUUACGCAUGUUUCACGAUCGAGGGUUCUCACCAAGUUAAACAUGUUUCCACCUGGUCUUGAUUCUCUCUACCAACAAAUGAUAGAUCAGGUUCGCCGCUCGGAUGAGCCAGAUCUCUGCAAACAAGUUCUGGCGAUCCUCUCCAUUACUUACCGGCCUAUCACGAUACAAGAGCUAGCGGUCUUCGUGGAUAUACCCGAGGGCAUCUCCGACGAACUGGAAUUCAUGACAGAGAUAGUAGGACUCUGCGGCUCUUUUUUGACCCUUCGAGAAACCACCAUCUAUUUCGUCCACCAAUCCGCAAAGGAUUUCUUACUGAGAGAAGCAGCUCAUGAGGUUUUUCCUUCCGGUAUAAAAGACAUACACCAUGCCGUCUUCUUGCGAUCGCUACACGUAAUGUCCGGAACAUUACGACGCGACAUCUACAGCCUUGGCGCUCCGGGAUCUUCCAUCGACGACGCCAAGCUACCCGAUCCAGACCCGCUAGCCGCACUAUGUUAUGCUUGUAUCUACUGGGUUGAUCAUCUCUGUAACGGGCAGGCGAGCGACGAUAGCAAGCACCCAGAUAUUUUCCAAGAUGGUGGUAUCGUCGAUGGCUUUCUGAGACAGCAUUACCUCCACUGGCUUGAAGCACUUUCACUAUGUAAGAGCAUGCCGCAGGGGGUACUUUCAAUGGCAAACCUCGAAAGCAUUCUUCAGUACAGGUCGAUUACGUCUCAAUUACCAAGCCUUAUCGCUGACAUGCGUCGAUUCGUAUUAUACUGGAGAUGGGUUAUUGAGAAUUAUCCUCUUCAGGUAUACGCUUCGGCACUUAUAUUUAGCCCCGCCCGAAGUAUAACAAGAGGCCUAUUCAGGCAGGAAGAACGGAAGUAUAUUACUUCGGGGCCAAUUGUAGAGGAUAAUUGGAAUGCGUGCCGGCAGACGCUCGAGGGGCAUGGCGGUUCGGUAACGUCGGUAGCGAUCUCGCCCGAUUCGAAGUGGGUUGCGUCAGGAUCAGGCGACAAUACCAUCAAGAUCUGGGAUGGGGCUACGGGGUUAUGUACGCAGACGCUCGAGGGGCAUCGCCACUGGGUUACGUCGGUAGCGAUCUCGCCCGAUUUAAAGUGGGUUGCGUCAGGAUCAGGCGACAAUACCAUCAAGAUCUGGGAUGCGGCUACGGGGUUAUGUACGCAGACGCUUAAGGGGCAUCGCGAUUCGGUUACGUCGGUAGCGAUCUCGCCCGAUUCGAAGUGGGUUGCGUCAGGAUCACACGAUAAGACCAUCAAGAUCUGGGAUGCGGCUACGGGGUCAUGUACGCAGACGCUCGAGGGGCAUAACGAUUCGGUUACGUCGGUAGCGAUCUCGCCCGAUUCGAAGUGGGUUGCGUCAGGAUCAUACAAUAAGACCAUCAAGAUCUGGGAUACAGCUACGAGGUCAUGUACACAGACGCUUAAGGGGUAUGGCAAUUGGGUUACGUCGGUAGCGUUCUCGUCCGAUUCGAAGUGGAUUGCGUCAGGAUCACACAACAAGACCAUUAAGAUCUGGGAUACGGCUACGGGGUUAUAUACGCAGACGCUCAAGGGGCAUCGCGAUUGGGUAACGUCGAUAGCGUUCUCGCCCGAUUCGAAGUGGGUUGCGUCAGGAUCACACGACAAGACCAUCAAGAUCUGGGAUACAGCUACGGGGUUAUGUACGCAGACGCUUAAGGGGCAUGGCCAUUCGGUCACGUCAGUAGCGUUCUCGCCCGAUUCGAAGUGGGUUGCGUCAGGAUCACACGACAAGACCAUCAAGAUCUGGGAUGCGGCUACGGGGUUAUCUAGGCAGACGCUUGAGGGGCAUCGCGAUUGGGUAACAUCGGUAGCGUUCUCGCCCGAUUCGAAGUGGGUUGCGUCAGGAUCACACGACAAGACCAUCAAGAUCUGGGAUGCGGCUACGGGGUUAUGUACGCAGACGCUCGAGGGGCAUGGCCGUUCGGUCACGUCGGUAGCGAUCUCGCCCGAUUCGAAGUGGGUUGCGUCAGGAUCAGGCGACAAUACCAUCAAGAUCUGGGAUGCGGCUACGGGGUUAUGUACGCAGACACUCAAGGGGCAUCGCGAUUGGGUCACGUCGGUAGCGUUCUCGCCCGAUUCGAAGUGGGUUGCGUCAGGAUCACACGACAAGACCAUCAAGAUCUGGGAUGCGGCUACGGGGUCAUGUACGCAGACGCUCAAAGGGCAUCGCCAUUCUGUUCAGUCGGUAGCGUCUUCCCUUAACUCGACGCUGAUUGCAUCCGAAUCAGAUAAUGCCAACCCCCCAUGCUACGGAAUAGACUCAGACAACAGGUGGAUUACGAGGGGCUUAGAAAACUGGCUAUGGUUGCCUCCGGAAUAUCUGCCAGAAUGUUUAGCUGUAGCGGCAUUAACGGUUGCUAUUGGCUGUUCUUCGGGGCGCGUCCUAAUUCUGACGUUCACGACAGACAGCUAA